AUAAAUAGAGUUAUUUCGUAUAUAGGUCAUGUCAAGUCAAUACAAGACGUGAAAAUGUACAAAUUUGUGCUAUUUUUGGUUGUGGCCGCUCUGAUGGUGGAGGACAUCCAAUCUUGCUGCUGCUGCAGUCGCGAGCCCUACAUGAUGAAGACCUGCCUCGAGUGUUUAUACGACCUCGACCCGUGCUUCGUCCCUUCCAAGUGCGGCUGCAACUGCUUCAGAGACCUCGCUAACCCGUGCUUGUCCUGCGGGCGCGGAUGCGGAUGCGGAUGUGGGAAGUCACUCUACUUUCCGGAAGUAGAGUAUCCUGUCACCAGUUAUAAUAUGAAUCCGUUUUAUUAUGGGUCUUGUUUCGGUUAUUAAAAUGAACUGACUAACGUAGGCCUAUCUA